GUAAAGCAUGGUCAAAUUCACAACUCUACUUAAAAAAUGAACAUAGGGUUUGUUUUGGUAGUGAUAAAAUAAUAAAUAGCGGCUGCCGACGUUGCUAGAAGAGAAUGGAACGGGAGAGGAGUCUGCAUUUAGUGUAGAUUUUUGUGAGAUAAGAUUGUGUAGGAGUGAGAAGCAGAUAUGAAGAAGCAAGCAUCAACCCGUUUGCUGAUGUGGGUUAUGAUUUGUCUUCAGGUUUAUCUGAUCAUUGCAGCUGUGUCAUUGUCGGAGUCCAAUGACUCCACUUCUGUGUGCAAUGGCUCUGUAGAGGACUGCCUCCGCCUCUACCACUUGGACUCACAGCUUCCCACCGUCUCCAGCUCCCACUUCCAAAGAAUGCUUGCUGAAGCCAAUCGCCCGACGGAUGGUACAGGAGAUCCUAAUAACCCCGCCAUAAAGUGUAAGACGGCCCAGGACUACAGAUCAUGUCUGGCGGCGUAUGAAGGUCAGGACGCACAUUGUGGCACCUACAACAGGGGAACGAGAUGCAGUUUUCAGCCAUUUCCACCGAUUGAAUCCUAAUUUGGUGGUGUUUUCUUAUUCCUGGAGUCAAGAGCUACGAAACCAUCCGAUUGGUUUUGCAUUCCAGCGGGUUCUGUACAGUUUCGCACGGUGUAGGGUUACUGUUAGAGCAUAUGUGAACUGCGUUGUGCAACCCACCAGAGGAGAAUGAGGCCUCAGUGGAGAAUGUCCUGGAGGGGAAUGAGGAAGCAACUUCUUAGUCUAUUUAGGAAUUCCAUAGCUUUCCAUGUUUCUGAGCAAUUCCAGUUCUUGUAUUUUGAAGUACUUUAGUAUUUUACGUUUUAAAAUUUCUUUUACAUUCCGGAUUACUGUAAUCCUUAAAUUUUAAUUUCUUAGAACCUUAUUUGCUAUUUUAUUAUUCUAACUGUUUUC